AUGCAUCAAAAAAGGGAGAUUGUUGAUGCAAUGUUAAUUAAAAUGCAAGAUGGGAAUUUGCCAAGGGGUUACAAGAAUCAAUUGGCAGUGCAAUUCAAGGUUCACAAGUCCACAAUCACAAUAAUAUUCACUGACAUAACAAAACAGGUGGAAAAUGGGAAUUUGAUUGAUGUCAGGACCAAGAAUAUAGGCAGAACUGAUCCAAAUCCAAGGGUAUUCACAGAUGAAUUCCUUCAGUCAGUCCCCUUACAUCUAAGGCAGACCAAGAGAAGUUAUGCUGCUGCAUUAAAGAUUUCACAUGUGGCACUACACAACUUGAAUAAAAAGGGAAGGAUUAGGACACACAUAGUAAGUAACAAGCCUGCAUUGAGCUCAAAUAACAAAGUGGCAAGAUUGAAAUGGGUUCUGUUACAUAUACACCCAGUUACAAACAAUGAGGACCCCACAUUUGCUGACAUGCAUCAACAAAUAAACAUAGAUGAGAAAUGGUUCUACCUGAACCCUGAUAAGAGAAUAUUUUAUCUUCUACCAAGUGAAGAAGACCCAUACAUGGCACAAUAG